GGGAAAGGGUGUCCACCCAGGAUUCUCUAUUGUAGAACCCACAGCCAUCUUGGAUCUGCUGGAAGGGAAAUUAAUGUGGUGACAAACGGUAUGUUUGGUGCAACAAGGAAGAAGUUUGGAGAGGGGGUUGAUGGCGACUACCCUGAUGACAGUAUGUACUAUGGCCAGCCAUCCAUGUUUCCACAUCGAUCAGAGAAAGACAUACUGGCGUCUCCCUCCCCCUCCUCAUCAGGGCAGUUAUCACAACUGGGUGCAAGUCUGUACGGACCCCAAAGUGCACUUGGCUUCCCUAUGAGGGGCAUGAGCAAUAACACCCCACAGCUAAAUCGCAGCCUAACACAAAGCGUCCAGAUACCGAGCCAUAUUACUCCGACGACAGGGGUACCCACAGUGUCACUUCACACUCCACCCUCGCCUAACCGGGGUAUCCUGCCCAUGAACAGCCGGAACAUGAUGAACCAUUCGCAGGUGGGCCCGGGGCCCGGGCUGGGCAUGAGCGGCCGGACCAACAGCAUGAGCAGCUCGGGGCUGGGCAGCCCCAACCGCAGCUCCCCCAGCAUCAUAUGCAUGCCCAAGCAGCAGGCGGCACGACAACCCUUUACCAUCAACAGUAUGUCUGGCUUUGGAAUGAACAGGAAUCAGGCGUUUGGCAUGAACAGCUCCCUAUCAAGUAACAUCUUCAAUGGCACAGAUGGAAGUGAAAAUGUAACGGGUUUAGACCUCUCAGACUUCCCAGCGCUAGCGGACAGGACUCGGAGGGAGGGGGGCGUCAACCCCACACCCCUACACAACCCCCUGGCAGGGAGAGCACCCUAUGUCGGGAUGGUCACGAAGCCAUCGAACGAACAGUCUCAAGAUUUCUCGAUUCACAACGAGGACUUCCCUGCACUCCCUGGGCCCAACUACAAGGACUCCACAUUAACCAGUGACGAGGGCAAAUCGAAUCUGAACUCUUUAAACAAGAACAGUUCUACUGUGGACGGGCCAAAGUUUCCUGGUGAUAAGCCAUCAACACAGAACAACAGCCAACCGAAAAAAGGCAUUCAGGUUUUACCUGACGGUAAGGUGACCAACAUUCCCUCGGGGAUGGUGACGGACCAGUUUGGGAUGAUCGGACUGUUGACGUUUAUCCGAGCAGCGGAGACGGAUCCUGGAAUGGUCCAUUUGGCACUGGGCAGUGACCUAACAACACUAGGUCUCAACCUCAACUCCCCAGAGAAUUUGUAUCCCAAAUUUGCCUCUCCAUGGGCCUCAGCACCAUGUCGACCACAGGACAUCGACUUCCACGUCCCAUCGGAAUACUUGACCAACAUUCACAUAAGGGAUAAGCUGGCUGCCAUCAAACUGGCUCGAUAUGGUGAAGACCUUCUAUUCUACCUGUACUACAUGAAUGGCGGAGAUCUCUUGCAACUCCUGGCAGCGGUGGAACUCUUCAACAGGGACUGGCGGUACCACAAGGAGGAGCGGGUUUGGAUCACACGAGCGCCAGGCAUGGAGCCCACACUAAAGACCAACACCUACGAGAGGGGGACGUACUACUUCUUUGACUGUCUUAACUGGAGGAAAGUAGCAAAGGAAUUUCACCUCGAAUACGACAAGCUGGAGGAGCGGCCCCACGUGCCAACGACCUUCAACUACAACCCAGCGCAGCAGGCCUUCUGAAAGCCUCCUGUUCCCCUGCUCUUCAGCUGGCUCUGUGGAGCCAGGGCAGGCAGGGGCACCUAUUUGCCCCAUCCUGCCCCACUCCACUCCACCACACUCCGCCCUGCUCUGCCCUUGCUAAACUAAGACCACUGCUGCUGUUGCUGCCACCACUGUCCACUUGCUCUGGUUCUGGUUUUGGUUCCGAGGUCCACAAUACACUCACCUGCUACUGGACUAGUACAGGCCAUAGGGCCGAGUCACCUUUCCUACUCCACCCACCAAGUGGGGAAAGGGGUGAAAAGGGUCUCUGACAUCACCAACAUCCACAAUAGUUCCUAGUGUCGCAUACACUCAGUUUUUAAAACUCCGUCUUCUUUUUGGCUUCGUUGGCUCCUCUUCCUCCACCUCCAUUGUCCUUCUAUUUCAGCUGGAUCUUUGUUUACGUCUGGUCCAAGGUAGGAUAACACAGGUCAACAACAGCACACACACACACACCUCUGUGACAGAACAAAAAGGCUUAAAUAAAUGCUGUAGUUUCCAAAGUGUACGGAACUGAAAUCAGAAGCGUUGUGGAUGCGUGCAGCAGUGCUGUGGUCGAGGCAGACGUCUGGGUGGCAGAAGACAUGCAGUGUUUCGUUGUUGCACUACUUGGUAAUAAAGGAACAGGUCGUUUGUUUGUUUUUUUCUACACGGGGAAAAUUUUUCUUUUUAUUACAUCUUUUUUUUUGUUGCAUCCUCAUUUCUUUCCUGGCCAUUAGUGACACAUUCCCACCACCAACCAGCUGUAAGGUCACAGAGGCAAAAAAAAAAAGUCUGCGAAGGAACUUUGAUAUCUGAACGGGUUUGCUCAGCCCUCCUCCUCCACCCCCCAAAAAGUAAUUACAGACCAGAGACUGUUAAAGUGACUGUUUUAACACAACCUUGAGGAGUUUAGCCACCCCUCGCAGCAAGCGGUUGUGAAAAGUGAAGUCACCAAGCUUCAUUUGUUGCAGACUGAAUGGUAACACUUUCCAGUCUUUGUUACAAGUUUUGUAAUAAAUGUGUACAUUUUUAAUUUUUUGGACAUCACAUAAAUAAAAGAUAUGUAUGUAUGGAUGUGUAUAUAUAUAAUAUAUAAGUAUAUAUAGUGAUAUCUAUAUAUAUUCAGUGUCUAUUUUGGAGAGUACAAAAUAAAAAAAAGCCCUGCCACCUCGUUUUUUUCAUGAGGCCAGCAAGGUUGGCAUUAUGACGUUCAGUAAACGGGACAUGAUGGUGGACACGAGGUCUCAUCAGUCACACCCCUGUGCACUUACAACGGCAACUACGGAAGGCGGACAGGACUGGAGCGUGCCCAACCUGAUGUGCACUCACUGUCCACGAAGAUCCUUGAUGCAACACGACCAGAUGAUUAAAGAUGUUUCAUGACCAGCUUUUGAAUUGGAAGUCUUUCAUAGAUAAAUACCGAAAUGAGAGUACUAUUGAAGAAAAAAAAAAACGAUCUUGUAUUUUCUGACUUCAUUCUAAGUUCUUUUGUUUGUAAUAAAUUACAGGUUUUCCUCACGA